AUGUUCCAUCAUCACAUGGAGGACUCAGGACACAGCAGUGACGAUGAGAUAGUUUUCAUGGAAGAUCCUUUCAGAGAGAACGAGACUCAGCAGGAAAGUCGGUUCUUUGACUCUACAAACAUAGGCAGCAGCAUCUUGAACUCGCACCAUAACAGCAGAGAUGAGGAGUUCUUCAGAAGCUUGCCGAGACAAGGCAUGGAGGAAGGGCAUCAUGAUGAUGGGUUGUUUGAGGACAACUCAUGGCAGAGGAAGUCUGCAAGUCUGUUUGAGAAAGCAGCGAAUGGAGAAAUCCAAGAUCUCUUGGACGAGCUGCCGCCCCCAGACGAGUUUGACUCCUCCUACCUGUCCACUCACAACAGCGAGGAGCAGAACUUUUACCCACAGAGAGAUCGUCUGGAUCUUCCUUCCUCCUCUGCCUCGCAUGGCAGUGGCAUCGCUAUCAGCGGUAUGCAUCCCGGGUGUCGAUACGAGUGGACAAGAAUGCACGGGGAGCAGAGCAGGGGGGAGCCGUUGAUGGUAGCGCCGCCGUCUCUCGCUGAGCAACUGGACACAACAAGAGCACUCUUGAGAGCGAAGGACAGAGAGCUGAACAAACAGUCAGACAUGAUCAGGAGUCUGGAGGAUGAACUAGCAGUCUGCAGAGCGGCCAUCGGCGAGCGAGAGCAAAGUUUGCUCGAGCUGAAGUCGUCGUACGAUCAUCAGAUGCAGGAGAGGAGGAGGCUGGAGGAGAGGCUAGAGCACACGAAUGUGACAGUGGAGCGGUUGAGAGAACAGUGUGGGAGCUUGCAGACGGAGCUCGACAAGUCCGACAAGACGAUAGACGAGCUUCAUGCCCGGAUCCGAAGUUUGCAGACAGGGGACGCGGUGAUGUCGGGGGACAUGUACGAGCACCACCUGAGCGCGUACAAGGAGGAGAUGGAGCACACCCGAUCGCAGAUGGAGGAGUGGAAGAAGCAGGCGAGGGAGCUGAGAAACAUCAUCGACGAGCAGACUACACAGGAGAUGCACCUGACAGGUUUGACAAGGGCGAUGAGAGAUGCGGCUUGUCAAGUCGAAGAUGAGGAUGCCGGCAUCUUGAAGAAGGUGGAUGGUCAGGAUGGCAAGGAGGAGGAGGAGGAGGAGGAGGAGGAGGAGGAUGUUGGGGUCAAGACUUCACUCAUUGCGCAAGUUCGUGCGCUGGAGUGUGAGGUUCAGCAGUUGAGACAUGAGUCGAAGAUGAAGAAGAGCGGGGAAGUGGAGGAAGAGAGCAGGGAGAGAGCAGACAAGGAAGAAGGAAGCAGAAGGGAUGGGAAGUCAUGGAUGAAAGAGGUGGGGGAGGAGCUGAAGAAGCUGGAGAAGUUGAACGUCGAGCUGGUGUCUGCGAACAAGGAGCUGAUGAGCGCAAACAAGAAGCUGCUAGAGCAAAGCAGGAGAGAGAGAGAGAAGAGCAAAGGAAAGGCGGACUUGGCUGGUGAAGAGCAGCCCCAGCAGGCGAAGAGGCUGGAGAAGGAGAGGGAGGAAGGGGAGGAAGAGGUGAGGAGGAAGAUUGCGGUGGCGCUGAAGGAGCAGGAGACCAGGCUGAAGGCUGACAAGGAGGACGAAAUCAAGAGGCUCCGGACAGCAUGGAACAAGCACACGCAGGAGUCCGUACGAGCAACGGAGGAGCGCUGCACGAGAGAGCACAAGGAGGAGUUGAGGAGGACGAGGGGGCAGAAGCUGGACCAGACGACGCAGUCCUGCCCCGAGCAAGUCCAUCGGUCGUCGCAGACAUUCGCGGAGACGUCGCUGCCUCCGAUGAAGAGACUUGAAAUGAAGGAGGAGGGACAGGGAGUGGGGCCAGGUGGGGGCCAGGCGUGCGAGAAGGCGCCAAGGGAGGGAGAAGUGGAGAGAAGGGAAGAGGAGGUGAAGGAGGUGAAGGAGGUGAAGGAGGUUAAGGAGGUGAAGGAGGUGAAGGAGGCGAAGGAGGUGAAGGAGCAGGCAGAGGAGGUCAAGGAGAGAGUCAAGAUGGUGUUGGACUUGGAUUGGGCAAGCAUCGGCGAUCUUCCUCUCUUCUCUCGAGAGCUACAGAAGGACGUGGCAUGGGCCGUUGGGAUCCGCGAGUCGCGCGUGAGGGUGGAGGAGGUGAAGGAAGGGAGCGUGCUGGCGAUUCUCUCCUUCCUGCCAGCUGCUUCACCCGAGGAGAAGGAGGCGGAGGAAGUGAUCCACGAGCUCGAGGAGCAGCUGGCUGCUGACAUCAGCAGCCUCAAGAUUGGCAUCCAAACAAGGCACCUGAAGAGGAUUGAAAGGAUCUCCUCCUCCUCUUCCUACUCUUCCUCCUCUUCCUCCUCUUCCUCCUCUUCCUCCUCUUCCUCCUCCUCUAAGUCGUGUGAUCCAUCACUUCGGCUGGGAGAGAGGAAAGAAGGAGGAGCGAGGGAGGCAGAGGAGAUGGGAGAGACGAGGAAGACCAGGACGUCCAUGGAUGUUAACUGCCAGCAUGAAACCGCAGAGGAGCAGGAGGGGCUGAAGGACGCAACACGCGGGGAGGAGGAAGCGAGGAGGAGGGAACUUGAGUCGGACAAGGAUGCCGUGAGGAGGAUGGCGAUGAUCAGGAGGAUGGAGGAGAUGGAGAGGCUGAGGGAGGAGAUGGAGGAGGAGACGCGGCGGGCGAUCGACGAGCUGAGAGGAAGGAUGGCUGCGGAGAUGCAGACACGGCUGGAGCAAGUGAGAGCUGAGACGAGGGGAGAGAAGGAGCAGGAGGAGGCAAGUGCGAGGGAGGAGGAAACCUCUGCUGAGAAGGAAGUGCAGCUAAUGGAUCAAACUUGCCAAACAGAAGAAGAGCAGGUCAAUGAAAUUUCGUGUACCAGCGCAGCAUGUCAGACGGAGGAGGAGGAGGAGGAGGAGGUCAAGAGAAUGGAGGACGCUGAUGUGCAGUGCUCGAUCGAAGUCGACCUGUUCAUCGCCAACAAUCGAGAUGAGUACAUGGAACGCCUGCGGGCAUCGCUGGAGCAGAGUCUGGAGGAGGAGACUGAGAGGAUGAGAAGGUCCAUGGAGCAGAAGGUGGCGUAUGAGCAGAGCAGGCAGGAGAUGACGAUGAAGCAUGCGAUGGAGGAUGAGGAGAGAAGGUUGGAGGAGAGGUUGGAGGGGGAGAGGGCGCAGAGAGCCAAGGCUCUGCGGGCCGAGGAGGAGGAAAAGCUGAGGAGGGUGAGGGAGAAGCUGGUGGAGGAGAGGAGGACAGCAUCGAAGCAGAUCAUCGAGGAGGCAGUGGAAGCGAGCAAGAAGAUCCGAGAACAGACUGUGAGGAUCUUGGAGGAAGAGUUCGGCAAGGAGAUCAAGUCAGCCCGCAUCCUGCACGCGUGCCAAAGGAGGAAGGUGCUUGCGGAGAUGGAGGAGGAGCAUGCGGCAGAGAUGGAGGAGGAGGUUGAGGAGGCGAGGAGGGAGCACGAGAGGAUGAAGAAGGAGAGGAUGAGGGAGAUCGUUCAUGCUCAUGAGGUCGAAGUGCAGAGGAUGGAGGAGGAGCUGGAAGAGGUCAUGCAGAAGAGGAUCGAGGAUGUGAAGGCGACGAGUGAGAGGAGGCAGGAAGAGGAGAGGAGGAGGGUGGAGCAGCGGGUGAAGGAGCUCAUAGACCGGCUGAGGAAGGAAGCUGAGGAGGAGGAGGAGAAGCUGCAGAUGCGCUUCGAGGAGGAGCGGGAGCGGGCAAGGAGGAGGCACCAUGUUGAUGUGGAGGAGACGAUCCGGGAACUGGAGGAGGUGAAGGAGGAGCUGAUGGAGACGGUGAGGAGGAGGGUUAAGGAGAGCUGCGUGCUGGACGGGGUACAGCUAGAGGAAGAAUCCCUGCUGCUCGUAAGGCAGCAGCUGCAGGAGUGGAAGGAGGAGACGAGGAGGCAGACGUCGCAGGUGCUGGACGAGUUGUUCCGCAAGAACACGGAGGAGGAGGUGGAAGAGCUGGGGGCGCUGAGGACGCAGCUGUCGCAGGAGAACGAGGCUGUUGUGAGUGCCUUGCUGGAGAGCUUGUGCAGGUGGGAGGAGGAGGAGAGUUUGCGGCUCGGCCGGCAGCUGGAGGAAGAAAGGAGGAAGGCGAUGGAGGACGAGGAGAAGACGCACCAAGAGAGGAUGGCCAGGGCAAUGAAGGAUGUAAGGGCGGAGAUUGAGGAGGCGCAGGAGCGGAGGAGGAGGGAGCUCGUGCAGGAGGAGGAGGAGAGGGCAGAGAAGGAGCUUCAGAGCAUGCGCGGGAGGCACGAGGAGGAGCUGAAGGAGCGGCUGGGGGAGAUGGAAGCAGAGUUUGAGAGGAGCCUGCAGGAGGCACUGACCAGGAGGGUGCGGGAGCUGCGCGGAGCUCAUGAGGAGAGGAUGGCGGAGGUGAAGAGGCGGCUGGAGGAGGAGCGAGCGAGGAAGCUGGAGGAGGAGGAGGAGGAGUCGAGGAGAAAGGCCAAGGAGGAGACAGACAAGCUCAGGUCGCAGCUGGAGCAGGAGACGGAGAGGAGGAAGAAGUCGACUCAGGUGGAAUGUGACGAUCUGUACGACAAGAAGAUAUGGGAGCUGGAGCUGCGUGCGGAGGAGGAGCUGGAGGAGAGCGUGAAGGAGCACAGGAGGAAGGAGGAGGCAAAACUGGAGCAGGAGCUGCGGGCUCUGGAGGAGGAGCUAAUGAAGGAGCGGGAGCGAGAGCUGGGCUCCAUGAGGAGGAGGGCAGAGCAGAGGCUGAUGAGGCUGAAGCAGGAGAUGGAGGAGGAGUACGCAGGGGAGAGGCGCGAGGCGAUGCGCAAGGUCAGCAGGGAGGUGGAGGAGGAGAAGAACUCGCUGCUGUCGAGGAGGAUGCGAGAGAUCGAGAACGGGACGCAGGAGCUGCUGCAGGAGCUGCAGGCAACGAAGGAGGAGGAGCAACGUGCGACCCUGAAGGAGCUGGAGGAGAAGCUGAGGGGGGAGCUGGAGGCGAGCACGAGAAAGAAGCACGAGGAGCUGAAGGAGGAGGCACAUACGGCGAUCGCUCGGGUGCAGAAGGAGCUGCUGGAGAGGAGGGAGCAAGUGCUGCGGGAGGUGGAGAGAGAGUGCGAGGAGGAGCUGAAGCGGGAGAGCAGCAGGAUGCACGACGUGUUCCUGACCUCGAAGCGCGAGAGGAUCGACGCGCUGGUGCAGGAGCAGAGGGUCGAGGAGGAGAGGGAGCAGCAGGAGCAGGUCCUGCGGGGUGAGCUGGAGUUGUCGAGGGAGGUGAACGCGCUCAAGGAGGAGUGCAAGGCAGACGUGGAGAGGAUGAAGUCGCUGAUGCGCGAAAGGUUCUCCGACGAGCUCAGGAGGAUCUGUACCAAGGCGAGGAUACGGAACUUUGCCAAGUCGUGCGAGCAGAAGAGCGCCAAGGGCUGUGCCGUCGAGCAGAAGGGAGAGAGCAUGGCGAACAGGUUGCGGCAGGAGUGGAAGGAGCAGUUGCGGGAGCUGAUGGAGGGCUGGGAGGAGGAGGAGGGGAUGUUUGCCUCCCUCCUCAGCCAGCUGGAGGCUGUGGAACAGACGCUGAGCACGAUGAGGGCUGUGUGCGGGGGGAGAAGCUUCAAGCCAGCCGAGGCGACGUACAGCUCCCUGUGGACGAAAGUGGUGAGGGAGAGCCGAGCAUUGCUCUCCUCCUCCUCCUCCUCCUCCUCCUCCUUCCCCGAAGAGGAUCGGACUGCGGGACUAGAGCGCAGCAUGCAAGAGCUUCUCUCGCUCUUUCUCCCUGCGCCCUCGCCCUCGCCCUCGGACGCAGACCUCAGCAUGUCCUCGACGGUUCCUGCCACAACACCGGCUGCAACGCCCUCCAAGUCGACGCCGGGCAAGGCGCGCAGGUUCCACAUCAGCCCUGCCCCCUCCAGCGUGAGCGCCUGCAGCAUGACUCCUGUCCUCGCGUCUCCUGGCUCAUGGGGAGAGAGCGCAACGUCGCCUGAUCGCAUCCUCCUGGACAUGUCGCUGGAGCCUGGGGACUGGCAGGAGCUGGAGAAGACGCAGCGACGCUACGAGGACGCGGCCAAGACCCUGAGCAAGCGGCUGACUGACGUGCUCUUGCUCGUCCGUGAGAAGUCUUCGUCGCCUGCCAAGUCGCACGAUCGGUACGAGGAAGAGAAGAAGGGAAGGCACAGAGUGUCUCGAGCUCUGUUUGCAGAGGGGAAGGAGGGGGCAAGCGAGAAGGAGAAGGAGAAGCAGAAGGAGAAGGAGGAGAAGGAGAAGGAGAAGGAGAAGGAGAAGGAGAAGGAGAAGGAGAAGGAGAAGGAGAAGGAGGGAGAAGGGGAGGAGGAAGAUUUGUUUUUCACGAAGCUAAUGCGCUCUAGUGCUCGGAAGAGUUUAUCGAGGAUGCUCAUGACAUCCAAGCAAAGAUAA